AUGUUCAAUAAGUCAAGGAAUUUUUCCGGCCCAAAUGAAGGUUGCAAAAGUGACCUUCAUUUGGGCCGUAAAGGUGGUGAACUAACAAAUGUUGGGAAUUAUCGUCCAAUUUCAAUUUUGUCAGUUUUUUCCAAAAUUCUUGAAAGAAUUUUAUUUGAUCGAAUUUUUAAUCAUCUCUCUGAAAAUAAUAUACUUGACAACAAUCAGUACGGUUUCAAAAAAAAUAACUCAACAGAAUACGCAGUACUUCAACUCACAAGAAUUAUUACUGACCCCUUCGAAAAAUCACAAUUUACUUUAGGUAUUUUUAUAGAACUAUCUAAAGCUGUUGAUACUAUUGAUCACGGCAUUCUCAUAAAUAAACUAGAACAUUACGGUAUCACUGGUAUUGUUGUGAAUAAAAAUCUUUCAUGGAAAAACCACAUUGGAAAUCUAAAUAAUAAAAUAGCAAAAAACGGCACACAGAUCUCUGAUGUAAAAUCGGUGGCAACAAAAUUUAAUGAGUUUUUCGUAAAUAUUGGUCCAAACUUAGCCAGCAAAAUUAAACACACUCCUGCACAUUUCUUGAGCUAUCUAUCAAAGUCGGAUAAAAGCUUAGCUUUUAAAAAACUCACUAGUAAAGAACUUGAUGAUUCAAUAAAAAAAUUAAAUAAAAAUAAAGCAACAGGCUACGAUGCUAUUUCAGCAAGCAUAAUCAAAGACUGCGACGAACUUAUUAAAGAUGUUUUAUUAGAUAUUUUUAACAAAUCGCUUAAAACAGGUGUUUUUCCAGAUAAAAUGAAAGUUGCAAUUGUUACACCCAUUUUUAAAUCAGGAGAUGAAAGUCUGGUUACAAAUUAUCGACCUAUAUCGGUAUUACCUGUAUUUUCAAAAAUCCUCGAACGUAUCAUGUAUAAUAGGAUAUUUGCAUUUUUGUAUGAUAACAAUCUUCUUUAUUGGAACCAAUAUAGUUUUCGAUCAAAUUACUCUACGGAUCAUGCACUUAUGCAACUUGUUGAAGUUAUCAGUGAAGCAUCUUCUCAUAGCAAGUUCACCUUGUUAUGA